UUAUUUGCGGUUUGGCUGCUUCUUGGGCAUGGAUGAAUCAAUACUAAGUACGUGGGCUGCGUGCUCGCCGAUCAAAGCCGAUCGCUGAUCGCUGUUAAAUACGGCGUGUCUUGUCGAUCUGGCUGCUCUGUCUGUCUAUCUGUCUGCCUGUCUGGCUUGUUUGCGUUGAUUCAUUAGCUGUUUGCAGUGCGGCACAGUGGGUCAGCUCAUAUGCUGAUCGCUGUCCAAUGGCAGCUGCAGUGGCUGGUACCACUGUGGCAUGCGCCGUCCUCGCCCAGCCACACUCGAGUGACUUUAGUGCGUCGUCGUCGUUAGGCUGUCGUUGUUGUCGCUGGCUCGUUGUUAUAUAAGUAGCGUGUGCCGUUCGCAUUGCCGAAUUAUUCUGUUGGCAACGUUAUACGAGAAAUACGGGUCAGUGUGUGAACCAUCCCGAGCCACAAUAAAAAGCACAAAGUUCCCAUUGAAACGCGGUUAACAGUUGCACAAGUAUGCGAAAACAUUGCCUCAUCGUUGUGCUGGCUGCCCUCAUCUGCCAGCUGGUUAGUGUAACUGCAAGAUCGGCAGAUGAUCAUUGGGUUUGGCGCACCUACAGCAGACGAGAGCGCGCCUUUCAUGACAAAGAUGUCGAUCGCAGUGCCUCCUUACGAAAGCCCAACCAAAAUCAGCUGAAACGUGAGCCAACAACACGGCGGCCGCUGCCUGGCGAACCAGAGAACGAUGAGAUCGAGGACUAUGUGGAUGUGGAGCCCACAGUGACAACUUCGCCCAAUGUGGGCACGCGUCAAUACAAUCCCUACGACGGUGGCAAUCCCUAUGGCGGAUUUGGAGGGCAGCCAGGUAGUGGCGGCCAGUUUCCGGGGCUUGGCGGCUUUGGCGGCGGCAGUCCUGGUGUGCUGGUCGGACCAGGAGGACCUACGGGUAUUAUAGGCAGACCACCCGUCUAUCCUAAUGUCUACCAGCCCGGCUUUGGCGGCGCUCAAAACGGAUUAGGAGCAGGCAGUUAUCCUGGUGGUUUUGGCAAUGCAGGUGCUGGUGCGAGCUAUCCAGGAAUCGGUGCUGGAGGACAAGGAUAUCCAGGAAUAGGUGCUGGAGGAGCAGGAUACCCUGGAAUAGGUGCUGGAGGAGCAGGCUAUCCUGGAAUAGGUGCUGGAGGACAAGGAUAUCCAGGUGUGGGCUCAGGCUUUCAAGGGCAGCUCGGCGGGCAGCCUGGCGGCGGCUUGGGUCAGUACCCUGGCUCUGGCAGUCAGUAUCCCUUUGGUUCAUAUCCAGGCUCCAACUACAACAAUCAGUUUGCAACACAAGGCGGACAAUAUCCUGGGCUGGGGCAAUAUCCAACCAAUCAGUACGCCGGCCCACAGUAUACCGAGGGCUACGGCCUAGCCAACUUCGGGCAGCCGGGCUUGCCACCCACCGGAUUUGGUGGCAAUUUUGGUGGCUUUGGAUAUGACGAGAAGUCGCCCGCAGUGAAUGAGGGCAAGAGUGCCAAAAACGUGGACCUCAAGCCAGUGCCCGUUAAUGAUAAGCUCAAUAAGAAGAUCUAGCU